AUGCCAGAUCCGAAACUGCAGGCCUACCUGGCCUCGCACUACCUCUCGGGCCCCAAGGCCGACGCCAUCCUCGCCCGCACCGAGGGCGGCGACAAGCCCAAAAAGAAGAAGAAGCGUCGCCUCGACCCGGCCAGCGCCUCUGCCUCCGCCUCCACCGGCCUCGUGCUCAAGGACGAAGACGAUGCGUGGAAGAAUGCGGGCGGUGCUGAUGACGACGACGACGAUGAGCUCGGCUUCGCGCCGCAGGUCGUCAAGGACAGGGGGUCGUCCGGAUUCAAGAAGGCCAGCUGGAACAGCGUCAGGCAGGGCCAAGGUUCGGCCGGCUCCACGCCGCAGCCGACCGACGACGCAGGGCAGGCGUCCACGACGCCACAGCCGCAGGACUCGCCCGCCGAGCCCGUCAUCAAGGCAGGGUUGAAGACAAAGGAGCAGAUGAAAGCCGAGCGGCUAGCGCGGGAACAGCGGGCAAAGGAGCAAGAGGCAGCAGCAGCAACAGGGUCGUCCUCACGCAGCGUCGAAGCAGCAGAGGCGGCCGUCGAUCGACCGGACCAAGAGACCGUCUAUCGAGAUGCGAGCGGACGACGGAUCGACGUCAAGGCCGAGGAAGAGGAGCGGCGGCGGCAGAAGCUGCUCGAGGAGCGCAAGAAGCGGGAGCGCGACGAGUGGGGUAAAGGGCUGACGCAGCGCCGCGAGAGGGAGGAGGAGGCAAGGCGGCUGGCGCAGCUCAGGGACGCGCGGAUCGAGCAGCGCGCCGACGACGACGACGUGGUGCGCCACUUUAAGAGCGUCGAGAGGUGGGACGACCCGGCGCUCGCCUUUAUGACCAAGAAGCGGAGCGCGGGCCCGCAGAAGCCCAGGUACAAGGGCCCGCCCCCACCCCCCAAUCGGUUCGGCAUCAGCCCCGGCUACCGCUGGGACGGCGUGGAUCGGAGCAACGGCUUCGAAAAGAUGCUCUUCCAGAGGAAGAAUGCGCUCAGCAGGAGGGAUGCAGAGGCUCGAGCUUGGGGCCAGGAAGACAUGUGA